AUGAUCUUGAAUAAAUUAAAAUAACAAAAUUUUUGGUAUAUCAACAACAAUUUAAGAAUUAAGAAUCAAAUUUUACUUAUACAAAUAGUAAGUUCAAUUUUGGUAUUUAUAUUAUUAGCCUCUUCAAUUCUUGUUGGUUAAUUAAUUGUUAAGAAAACAAUAGAAGAAUCAUCUGAAAAGAUUUUUUUCAAAUAAACUUUGUAAUAAUUGAAUAGUGUUUGGAUACAUAAGGCUAAUCUUCAAUAUUUAAUCAACUCAGCCUCAUAAUAAAUUUAAAUUGUUAAAUCUCUCAACAAAUUUAUACAAAAAACAAAUUAUUCUACUGUUAUACCUUAUUAAUGUUUAAAUCAACCUAAUACUAAUGAUUCAUUUUGUUAUAGUUCUUCAUUUUGUUUUGGGCUUUUUGGAGAUGAUUUUAAUUAAACUCAUAUUGAUCAGUUAAAGUACGUAUUUGCUGUAACUUCUACAUUGACGUAAUUUAGGACAGCUAUUGAAAAUUCAUAAGCUUUAUAUUUUAGCCAUGCCAAUUAGGCUUAAUUCUAUACUAUAAGUUAAGGAUUCUACUUUAACUCUGGAUUCAUGCCACAUUCAAGACCUUGGUACUUGUAUCAUUUAAAUUAAACAAAGAAUGUUUCAAAUAAUUUAGAUAUUAUUGUCUAUGGAAAUCCUUAUGAAAUAUUUUCUGGAGGAAUAAGAAUAGCUAUGACAUCUACUUUAAUUAAUAUAAAUAAUACAUUUGAAGGUAUUAUUGCAAGAGAUAUAGAUUUUAAUUAAACAUCAGCUUUCAAAUUAGUAGAUUCAGAAACUACAUUAAUUGUAAUUAAUUGUUAAGGAAAAAUAAUUUAUAGUAAACUUUAUGAUUAAUUAUAAUAAUCUAUUUAUUCGAUAUUUGAUGAGAUUUAUACUGGUUUUAACAUAACAGAUUUUGAAUAGAUAAUGAAUUAUCAUAAUAAUAAGAAUUACUCAAACAGUUGUAACAUGAUUUUAGAAUAAAAUAAUGUCUUAUGCAGAUAUAAUUCUAAAUUAGAAGAUUUUUGUAUAAUUUAAACAGCUUAAAUUAAAAACACUCCCUAUAUUUUAUUACUAUUUAAGAAUUCAAAAAAUAUAAAAAUGAUUUAAUAAUAAUAAUUCAGGUUUAUUAAUAAUGAAUAAAGAGAAAUUACAUAAUAAAAUAUUAUUAUGUACUUACUUUUAACUUUAGUAGUUCUUAUUAUUGCAUAAUUUAUAUCUAUUAUAAUACUUAAAUAGUUAAAUUUAUUAAUUUCUUAUACUAAAUAUAAUAUUUAUGAUAAUUGGAUGUAUAAUUUAUCAUUUAGAGGUUUGUUUAAAUAAAAAUAUAUGAUUUAAUCACAAGAAAUAACAAACCUAUAUUUUAGUGUAGUUGGAUUAGUUCAUAAUAUAAGACCUUCAAGAAAAAAUCAAUAAUGUUUAUAAGAGGAAGAUAAGCAAUUUCCUAUAUUAAGAAGGAAGAAAAUAACCUAGAAGAUAAAAGAGUUAAUAUCUUUAAUUGAAAAAAAGAAUAAAGAAGGUUUAGAAUUAUAUAGGUUUAAAACAUUUUGA